AUGGCCGUGGCCCAGCAGCUGCGGGCUGAGAGCGACUUCAACCAGCUUCCUGACGACGUUGCCACCUCAGCCAACAUCGCCGACAUCGAGGAGAAGAAAGGCUUCACCAGCCACUUUGUUUUUGUCAUCGAGGUGAAGACGAAAGGGGGGUCUAAGUACCUCAUCUACCGCCGCUACCGCCAGUUCUACGCCUUGCAGAGCAAGCUGGAGGAGCGCUUCGGGCCGGAGAGCAAGGCCAGCCCCUACACCUGCAUCCUUCCCACACUCCCAGCCAAAGUCUACGUGGGUGUGAAACAGGAGAUUGCCGAGAUGCGGAUACCCGCCCUCAACGCCUAUAUGAAGCACCUCCUCAGCCUGCCCAUCUGGGUGCUGAUGGAUGAGGACGUCCGGAUCUUCUUCUACCAGUCGCCCUAUGAUGCAGAGCAGGUGCCCCAGGCUCUCCGACGGCUCCGCCCGCGCACCCGGAAAGUAAAGAGCACGUCCCCACAAGGCACUGGCUUUGACCGCAUGGCAGCUCCACGAGCGGAGGCCCUGUUUGACUUCACUGGGAACAGCAAACUGGAGUUGAAUUUCAAAGUUGGAGAUGUGAUCUUCCUUCUCAGUCGGAUCAAUAAAGACUGGCUGGAGGGCACUGUCCGGGGAACCACAGGCAUCUUCCCGGUGUCCUUUGUGAAGAUCCUCAAGGACUUCCCAGAGGAGGAUGACCCCACCAACUGGCUACGCUGCUACUACUAUGAGGACACCAUCAGCACCAUCAAGGACAUUGCAGUGGAGGAAGAGCUCAAGAGCACCCCACUCUUCAAGGACUUGCUGGAGCUCAUGAGGCGGGAGUUCCAGAGGGAGGACAUCGCCCUCAAUUAUCAGGACGCCGAGGGGGAUCUGGUUCGUCUGCUAUCAGACGAGGAUGUGAGGCUCAUGGUGAGGUGGACCCAAGGUCUCCCCUCCCAGAAGCACCUCUUCCCCUGGAAGCUGCAUAUCACCCAGGAGGACAACUACAAGGUCUACAACACGGUCCCCUGA